UGGGAGAUAGCAGAGGGGAGACCAAACUGAAGUAGUGAGAACAGGCAGAUAUAACAUAGAACUGGUGGAGGGGUGAUCAGGCCAGAAACCAGAGCACCAGCUGAAAACCCCUGAACAACACCACAGGAUGGCAGAGCAAUGGGGAGACGCUAUAUUUGCAGCUAGGAGACGGGGAGAUGAUACAACACGGGACUCAGCCUUUGCAUACACCAACAGCAAUAACACUAGAGAUCCCUUUGAGGGACCCAACUAUCACAUUGCCCCAAGAUGGGUGUACAAUCUUUCUACAAUGUGGAUGUUUUUUGUGGUCGUUGCCUCAACCUUCACCAAUGGCCUGGUGCUAGUGGCCACAGCCAAAUUCAAGAAGCUUCGUCACCCUCUCAACUGGAUCUUGGUCAACCUUGCUGUGGCUGAUCUUGCAGAGACAUUGUUCGCCAGCACAGUCAGCGUCUGCAAUCAGUUCUUUGGCUACUUCAUCCUUGGACACCCACUGUGUGUUUUCGAAGGUUUCACAGUUGCUACUUGUGGUAUUGCUGGCCUGUGGUCUCUGACUGUCAUCUCAUUUGAGAGAUGGGUGGUGGUCUGCAAACCUUUCGGAAACAUUAAGUUUGAUGGUAAAUUGGCAACUGCUGGCAUUGUCUUCACCUGGGUCUGGUCUGCAUUCUGGUGUUCGCCUCCCAUCUUUGGAUGGAGCAGGUACUGGCCUCAUGGUCUGAAGACCUCCUGUGGACCUGAUGUGUUCAGUGGAAGUGAGGAUCCUGGAGUCCAGUCCUACAUGAUUGUGCUGAUGAUCACCUGCUGCUUCAUCCCACUGGGAGUUAUUAUUCUCUGCUACAUUGCUGUGUUGUUGGCCAUCCGUGCAGUUGCCCAGCAGCAGAAAGACUCAGAAUCCACACAGAAAGCUGAGAAGGAAGUGUCACGGAUGGUGGUGGUGAUGAUCCUUGCCUAUUGCUUCUGCUGGGGUCCUUAUACUUUCUUUGCCUGCUUUGCAGCUGCUAACCCUGGCUAUGCCUUCCACCCACUAGCAGCAGCCAUGCCUGCCUACUUUGCAAAGAGCGCUACCAUCUACAACCCCAUUAUAUAUGUCUUCAUGAACCGUCAAUUCCGCUCAUGCAUCAUGCAGCUCUUUGGAAAGAAGGUUGAUGAUGGAUCUGAGGUGUCUACAUCCAAGACAGAAGUCUCCUCUGUGGCACCUGCAUAA